AAUUAUUUUUUCAUUUUUAAUUUUCUACAAUGUUGGAAUUAUUUUGCAAUAUGGGUAGGCAGGGCAGUCAGAGCCAUUAUAUACUGAAUAAUAUUGCGGGUGACCCACCUUUAAGAGUAGGCAAAAAUGGGGCUUUUUGUAGAUUUUCGAUAAUGGCAAUUAUAGUCUGAAUACUUAGCAGUAAAAAGUUUACAAUAAGCGAGCUCAUUCAGCCAAUGACAAGUAAUUGCGAUCGUAGCGACAAAUGUUCGGAAACAAAUCGAAAAAAUUAAAACCAAGCACCCAUGGGGUAGAAUCCACCCCAGCCAAAGAUAUAUGCGGAUAUAUGGUGUGUAAAACCCAAUGAUAAACAGUGUUGCCUCGUAGAAUAUCAAUAAAAUUGGGUGUCCACGUAGCACGAAUGCAGACAGGAAGGUUCCGGACGGGGAGGAGCGAAACAAAAUUAUUAUAAUAAUAAUAUUGCUUGGGAUGUAUUGCAUCCCAACGCGUGUGUCAAUACAAAUUGCGUUUUCAGGUCACGGGAAAUGUAUUUCAAACGUUAUCUAACUAUUGGAGAUUACCAAACCCACUUCAAGAGAUGUUGGUCUGGUGCUUCUUCUGUCAUUGACAGGCUUGCGUGUUUCCACUACCAUAUCGUUCACGUAGGUCCAUUAUCUGGAAUAACUAUGACAGGUGUUGCCUUGAACUUCGCACACAAUAUUGAUAAGGUAUAAUACUGCAUAGUUUAAUGAUAUUGUGAUGGAAUGUUUUACGAAUAAUCGGAAACCUUUGGAAAAAUAAUUUAAAUAUGUAUUCAAUGUAAAUGUAAUGUAAAAUUAGAUCAGAUUCAAGUCAAUAAAAGUAUAACUGUAAGUGAAGUAUUACGUGAGAACAAGUACUCAUAUCACGGGUCAAUGUCAACUUCCUUGGCCUUCUGUAAUCCGUCACGCACGCUAGCGGCACAAUGCGGUCGGGGCUUUUGCACGUGCGCUCUUUCAUCGGCUUAGUCAACCCAGUGCUGAACCCGUUGGUUGUACAGAGUGAAUUUGGCCGCAUUUUUCAACUUUUGAAGUGUCCGAUGGCUACAUAUUCUGUAGAAGAGAGGGGUGCCCCCAACUCUACUGAAUAUAGAGUAUAUUUACGAAAUGAAUCGGGACCAAUUUCUCCUUUACAUGACAUCCCACUACUUGCCGAUUCUUGCAAGAAAAUAUUCAACAUGGUUGUUGAGAUACCACGGUGGACAAAUGCUAAAAUGGAGAUAAAUUUGAAAGAAGUAUUAAAUCCAAUUAAGCAAGAUGUUAAAAAGGGAAAAUUGAGGUAUGUAGCUAACUGCUUCCCUCACCAUGGCUACAUUUGGAAUUAUGGAGCAUUUCCUCAGACUUGGGAAAACCCUGAUGUUUUAGAUGAAGCAACAGGUUGUAAAGGAGACAAUGAUCCAGUUGAUGUUUUAGAAAUUGGAUACAGGGUUGCAAAAAGAGGUGAAGUGAUAAAAGUGAAAGUUCUUGGAGCCGUUGCCCUAAUAGAUGAAGGUGAGACUGAUUGGAAGAUAAUUACCAUUGAUGUGAAUGAUCCUUUAGCUGAACAAAUGAAAGACAUAGCAGAUGUGGAAAAGCACUACCCAGGGUUGCUCAAAGCUACAAUUGAAUGGUUUAAAGUGUAUAAGAUUCCAGAUGGAAAGCCAGAAAAUCAAUUUGCAUUCAAUGGUGAAGCAAAGAACAGAGAAUUUGCUCAUAAAGUCGUUGAUGAAGUUCACAAAUUUUGGCAGUCACUUGUGAAGAAAGAAUCUGAAGCCGGUGGUAUUUCAUGUGCCAAUGUCACUGUUCAAGACAGUCCAUUCAAAAUUGAUUACAAAGAUGCAGAAGAUAUUGUUUCUAAAAGUCCUGCUUUGGAAGAAGCUAAGCCAACGGAUCCUACAGUUGACCGAUCUUAUUAUGUUCCAAUACUGAAGAAGAAGAUGAAAUUAUAAUUUCUUUCAAAUAAUGUUCUUUUUCUAAAUCGUUGUUGACAAGUGGCAUUAUGUACAUUUGAAGUGAGAAAUGCUAGUAUUAGUUGGGACCAAUGGAACAUGAAAGUAUGCACAGAAAUAAUUUUUUUAUCAUUCUCUGGCAUUUUUUUUGUGCCUUUUGGUGAAAUGAAAUGUGGUCCUCCAAAUAUCAAUUGAAGAAUUUGAUGGACAUUCCCUCCAAAAUUAUACUAUGCUGUAGAUAAUUGUCCUUAAAUUAUGUGAAUUAAAACCCAGUGAAAUGAUCAAAUCGUAUUAGUAUAAUGUUGCAUGAAUAA